AAGCCCCGUGGGUUUAAACAGACAAGUGACACCUCUCGAGAAAGUUGGAAAAAUGUGUAGAACUUCCCUGGGCUGUGCAUUAAAAUCCUAUCACAGGGUGAAACUGUCUGGAGUGUUAGAUUUGGGAUUUUAGUUGUGUGACAAAAAAAAACGAAACUUUUUUUGUCGUGAUCUUUGUCCUUUAAAAAAAAAAGAAAGAAAAGAGGAUUUACAUUUUUGAUGAGUAUUGUUGAUCACAGAACUUUGUGGGGCAAAACGUGUGGGUUAUUUUGGUCCGGCUCAGUUUUAUGUUGCUUUGAAACUAAUUGCUGCAGCGCAGUCUGGCCUUCCAGUACGGAUAGAGAGCAUUAAGAGUGAAUUGCCUCUUCCUCGGUUUAUGGCACUCAAAAAUGACAUUGAAAUGAGAUAUGGAAAUGCAGCAGAAAUACUUGGAGUUAAAUUUCAGAUUCCACGUCCAAUCUUGGAAAAAAAUUCCUUCAGAAGAUCAGAUGAAGGAGAUAAAAAGAAUUCCACUUCGUUGUUUCUGAAGCAGGAAACCAAGUCUCCUCCCAUGUCACCGAUGUGUUCACCUCCUGCUUCUCCAUCUAAUUACCAGAGAAUAUCCUUGAGUUAUGGCUAUGGCAAGUCAAGGAGUAAGCUUGAACAGCCACAUGGAGUUUCUUAUGAAGCUAGACAUUCUACACACCAACAGGAUGGACCAGCAACAGGAAAUUAUGGAUCCAAAUCUGCACUUGUACAUUCCUCUCUUAGUCGGUUUCUUUCAGUAGAAAGUGAGCCACAGGACAGCAGUAAUUACCCAGAUGACCCCUGGAGGAUAACUGAGGAACAGCGAGAAUAUUACAUCAACCAGUUCAAAUCCCUACAGCCUGAUCUGAACUCUCUCAUUUCAGGUUCUGUGGCUAAGAAUUUCUUCACAAAAUCCAAGCUUCCCAUCCCAGAACUUUCUCACGUAUGGGAGCUGAGCGAUGUAGACUGUGAUGGAGCACUGACGCUGCCAGAAUUCUGUGCUGCAUUUCACCUCAUUGUUGCUAGGAAGAAUGGUUAUCCAUUGCCAGAUAUGCUGCCGGAGACCUUACUGCCUGAUUACCUUCAACCAGCUUCCCUUAAGCCUAAACGUGACUGUGCAUUAUUGGAUUCUUAUUCUGAGUCAUUGCCAGUCAGUCAACAGACCAGGGACUUUAAUCGAACUGAGCUUGAAACUGUCUGUGAAGAUCCAACCAACUCAGAACCGUUGAUUCUCUUUGAUGUGGCGACCUCCAUUGUUGAGCCAACAUCGGUUGAGGAGAUGCCUGAUAAAUCUGCCCUGACACAAGAUGCAAAUAGUGAUGACAAUCAAGCUCUGAAUAUAAGCACUACUGCCAAAACAAUACCAAAGGAUUUUAAACCAUCUCAACACUUGUCUGUCAAAACAGUUGUUCAGGAAUCGAACACACUCAAGGCAAGACCAAGAUCCAGGUCCUAUUCCAGCACAUCUAUUGAAGAGGCAAUGAAAAAGGGGGAAGAGCCCCCUAUGCCCCCACCAAGGCCGCAGAAAUCACAUUCCAGAGCCUCCUCCUUGGACCUAAAUAAAAUCUUCCAGCAAAACACACAAGCUGUGAAGUCAGGUUGGUUACCACCACCACCUGCCCUGCCCCCUAGGCCUUUUGUAUCACAGCAGGGUCCUCACCAUGUCACAAAUACAGAGUCUGUUGCCCAGGCCAAAUCCAGCUAUGUAGAGUUCAGACUAAAGGAACAGACAGAACAAGUAUCUGAGAUUGAAUUACAUCCUCAGAUGAAUAGAGCUCCAUCACAGACAGAAGAAAGCAGCCCAAUGAGAAAGGAGAUUCUGCUUACUCAGCCACCAUCUAAACCAAUCCGGAGGAAAUUCCGUUCCGAAAAUCAGAUGUUGGAAAACCAGGAGCUUACUCCCACUAGCAGUGUGACCUCUUCCGUGCCUGCAGUCAAACCCCAUCUUCCAGCCCAAAAAUUGUCUAGGGAUGUUGUGGAAGCUCCUUCGCUGGAGGUUUUCCAAAGGAGGCUGGCUAGCCAUCUGUCUUGAUGGUUAAACGCAACAAAUCCUGCAUCUUGGCUGGGGAGAAGAUUAAAUGACCCUUGGUCCCUUCUAACCCUAUGAUUCUAUGAUUUUGCACCACGUAAUCUAAGCCAAAACCAGGCCAGCUAAGUCAUCCAGUCAAUUCUUCACAAUACGUAUACAAUCAAGCUGUUGAGGGCCUGAAUCUGUGCUACAUAGGGAUGUGAAAGGUUAACUGGUAAGCAUUAGGUUUACUGUUAACCGACCUUAACCAUUAACCCGCUACUUGCCAGCCAGAGCAACCCCAGCCUGGUGGCCAUGCACCCGCCAGAGGGACUCCAGCCCCGGCUGCCUCAGUUAAACAAUAUAAUUUUAAUUGUUUAACCGAUUAACUUUUUUAAAACAAUAUUUACAUCCCUAGUGCUACAUAACUUGGAAGAUUAAAAUAGAAAAUAGAGCUCCUGAGAUGACCAGAGAAUGCUUGUACAUGUUUUUUGGGGUCCAAGGAAAAUUGCAUCACCUGCUAACAUCCCUAGUCAGCCCUUUCUGAUGCAGAUGUUUGUAUUUUCUCCAAAACAUUUACGUGACCACAUAGAGAUAUCUGUAUGCUUUGAUUUAUUUUAUUUUAUUUUUUAAUUUUAUUAUAAAGAUUGAUUGGGGCAGAAUGUAGAUAAACAGGUAGGCGAAAAGGUGAAAAAUAAUAGCAAAAGGGCCAACCUAUUAAAAGAAACAGGCACAGGUUCUAUUGCAAAGAUCACAGCUGUCCGCUCUGUUCAGAGAAAGAGCUAACUUCGGCUUUUCCCAACUGGUUGCCACUAUGCACUCUCUUUAAAUAUGCAUCUGUCUUAGAUCACGUUGUCAUUAAAGAGCUGCUGACACCUCAAGUACAACUUUAAAAUGUCUAUUUAGAAACAGUUCUUCAUAUCUAACCUAUAUUUAUCAUAUUUCCCUUUCCUUGUUUUUUUUUAUUACUAGCAACAUUUGCAUUUAAACAAAUGUUUUGUUUCUUUAAGAGUCAUGGACAGAUGAAUAAUGUUCAUAAUUGAUCGAUCUGAAGUCCCAUUUCUGUGUGUGACAUCACAAUUAGCUGUGUUGGAAAUAACUGGUAUGAACAUGGAAGAUUAGUACUUCAAGCAUAGAAAAAAGCAUCAGAAGCAACUAAACUCUUGAAAAAACAAAGAUUUUAUUUUCAUGCAGAUGUUCUUAAUAAUAAAUGAUUAAAAGAUACUAAAAAUAAGUAAAAUUGUUUCUAAAUAGAAUGUUCUGUACAUUUUCCAUUCGGCAUCAGUGAGUUUUAACCCCAAUUAAGUGUCUGAAAACAAUAGUAGCAAGGAUAUUGCAGUAAAUACAAGUACUGUACAUUGAAAAUAAAAUAGUUGAAAUGGGCCUAAAAUAGGUUGAUGGUUCAGAUUAAAAAAUGAGACCAUUUUGCUUUUGAAUCACCCAUCUGAUUCAGUCAACACUUAUUCAUUACAUUUUCUUGUAAAUUUUUAUCUUUUUCUUUUGAUUUAGGUUCAGUACACAUGUCCAUAAAGUGGAUGUCUGUUCUCCUGGGCACAAUCACUGUUGAGGCUCUGUUCAUUGCAAUGUUUUGU